AUGUCAUUUGCCGUUGCCUGCAAGCUUUUCAUCUGCUUCAUUCCCUUACACUUAGCUGUAUCCAACAACCACUCAUUUCUAAGCAGUGAUGCGCUGCAUCAGCCAGUCACCGAAACCGUUUCAACCAUUUUUAUGGAAACGACUAGCCAUCCGCCUUUUCCAGGUGCAUCUUUUAGAAACCAAGCAGCAGUUGAGUCAGAUGCAGGACUCGCCGAAAACGUCGAAACUGAUCUUUCCAGUGUUAAAAACACGCUUUAUUAUCGCCAGAUGGAGUGGUUCAUUGGUGAAUGGUUGGAAACAGUGAAUGAAUCAAUCGACGAUCUCAGUCAAAGUCCAAACCCAUAUGAGAACUUAGACGCUGAGCAUAGUGUCCUGGACUUUGAGACUAUGCUUUUUGCAACCGAACCAGACGCUGCCCAAGCUGCGGAUACAACAACGACGCCAUUUAUGGAUCCGGAUGUUCACACCGAUCAGCCAGAACUGUGGAUUUCGGAAAUUGAUAGCGACGCAUUUACAGCUUUGAUUUUGAAAAACGCUCAAUCCAGUGGACUGCAGUCAGCACCUGAUUUCGAACAGCUGGAGCACAUCCAACAGAAGCCCGUCACUUCCUACGGCACAGCAGCACUGCGCAGCCAACCUCUUCUUACUGACAUUACAGCAGAGCUUCCUUCAAAUCCAAUGGAUUCAUCCAGAAACAGUCGUGUAUCGGGAGAUUUAUCUUUGAUUCCUUCCACUGAAAUUGAUAGCAGAUCGAUUUCGGCACUUCUGCAAAGCCCUACCACUGAUAAACUCGGACCGGAUGCAACUUGCCUGCACAGUUCUGCCAGUCGAUCAAGUGUAUUCUCCAUGCCAAAAUCCAUCGAUUCAAAACUUGAACCGAAUUCAUUUCUUUCUACAGAUCCUUGCACAUCACAAGGCGCUGCUGGAGGUGCGAUAACAACAAAUCAUAUUAUCCUGAGCUCCGUUGCCUGUAAUCUUGUGUCAAAUUCAUUAGGCAAACACAUCGCCAACAAAUUGCCAGGAAAAAAAUCAGGAUGUCGUACUUUGCCAAGCUAUAAUCUGAUUCCUCCUGUCGUGAAUCAUGUACCAAUUUGUAAACCGAUUAUGAUAGUACCGCUGCAUUUUGUCGCCAAACAACCGACCAGUUCUAAAAAAUCAGCCAAAAAACUAGUCACUUUCCAGCUAGUUCCUAUCAAAACUUCAGUUCAAACUGGGUUGACUACCACUGCACCAGGCGGGCCAGUCCGCACUGCGCAGCCCUCAACAAGCAAUAGUACGAAAUCAACCAAACGGUUCACCUGUGGAAGAUGUGGCAAGCUAUUUUUUGCCUACGUUGCUUUCAAAAAACAUCUUAACAGCCAUAACAAGAAAGGCGAAUAUCGAUGCAACUGGCCCAGCUGCGGCAUUCUCGAAAGAGCCUACAGAGACCUCUCACGCCACUAUCUGGAACAUUUGUCGGGGAGUGAUUUAUACCUAUGUGACAUUUGCGGUAAAGUUUGCGACAGCCGAUCUCAUUUGAACUCACACAAGCAAUCAAUGCAUACGAAAGGUGAAUUUUGUUCCCGAAAAAUAGCAUUGUUUUUGUAA